AUGUCAGCUCAACAUCGCAAUAUCCUAACCGUUGAUUCGAAAAGCUUCUCCUACAUCUUCGAGCAAAACGUCACCGUGCCCUUAGGGAAUGGAGGGAUAAUCCGCUGCAAUGUAUACAAGCCCAAGGAAGCUUCAGUAGGGACCAAGUUCCCCGUACUUAUGACUUAUGGACCGUACGGCAAAGACGUUCCCUACAAAGAUUUCAACCCAAAAAGCUUUUCUGAAGUGCACCCUACGCAUCGGACAGAGCACUCCGCUUGGGAGACACCAACGCCCCAAUUUUGGACCGACAAUGGUUACAUUGUCAUUCGAGCGGAUGAAAUUGGAGUUGGCCAAUCCCCUGGUGUAUUGCACGUAAAAUCCGCAGCUUCAAUCGAGGGGUUCCGUGAUGUCAUCGAAUGGGCUGCUGAGCAGGAAUGGUGUUCGGGGAAAGUAGGCCUCCUUGGUGUUAGCUAUUACGCUGCGACACAAUGGCAAGUUGCGAGCUUGCAGCCCAAAGGUCUGGCGGCUAUUGUCGCACCCAAUCAAUAUGGAUUACCUGGACGAGCAGCGCGCAACUGGGGUCCCGAUACGGUUGAAGGCGAUCUUAGCUCCGAGGAAUUGAAUGCAAAUCGAUACGAAGCGGUGCUCCAUGAGCAGAGAUACCGAGAUGACAAAAGUUUAUCGUCCCUCAAUUUCAAUCUCGAGGAUGUGACAGUCCCCGUCUUGAGCGUGGCCAACCUGGGCGGGAGCUUACUGCAUCUGCGAGGGAAUGUGCUUGGAUAUCUUUGGGCAGGAUCAGACUUCAAAUAUCUUCGAUUUAUCACAGGACGGCAUGAUCUACCCUUCUAUUAUCCGGAAGAAGUGGAGAUUCAAAAAAGCUUCCUCGAUGCAUGGCUUAAAGGGGAUGAUCGCGAAGGAUGGACCAAGAAGGGGGCUGUUCCGGCAAUUGACUUGGUUCUGCGGCAGGGCAAUGUUGGAUAUAACAAUUCUCAGGGGGAAAAAUCAUUCCUUCGUCGAAAGGAGAAUGAAUGGCCACUUGCCAGGACCAAAUACACGCCGUUUUAUCUGACAGCCAAAAACGCACUUCAAUGCGACCUACCGAAACAGCAACAGCCGACUAAAUUAACUUACCAAGCACUUGGUGAGGGAAGACCUGAAGAUAUUCUGACAUUUACGUCGCCGUUAUUUGACUCGGAAACUGAGGUGACCGGACAUAUUGUGGCUCACCUCAAUGUUUCCAUUAGCAGAUAUCGAUGGGGAGAUUCUCCGUCUGAUUUGGAUUUAUUCCUCACGCUGCGUCAUCUGUCACCAUCUGGUGAGGAAAUCUUCUACACCGGUUCUACUGGAGAGCCUGUUCCUGUAACCAAAGGCUGGCUUCGAGUUUCUCUCCGCAAAACCAAUUCUCAACACCCCCGUCAUCGUAAUUGGCUACCGUAUCGCGACUUCUAUUCUACAGAUGUUCUGCCCGUAGUUCCAAACGACGUUUACCUUGUUGAAGUGGAACUUUGGCCAACAAAUGUGGUGGUUGAGUCAGGAGGCCGGCUGGUAUUGGAAGUGAGCUCAGGAGACACUUCAGGUACUGGCUUUUGGGGCCACGAUGACCCUAUUGACAGAUCGGACGAUAUCUUCAAAGGCCAGAAUCACAUUCACUUUGGCCCCAACUUUGUCAAUUACAUCGUUUUACCCAUCAUUCCUAUGAGAUAG